UGUAUUUCACAUCACUUUCAGUUAUUCUGAUGUUGUGAACAGCAGAGGCACUGACGCAACACACUGUCGUGUGUCCUCUUGGAAGACCCCCAAAACUCUGAGUCAUUUAAAAGUAUUUACGAGCAUUUUGCAGUCUGUGUGAUAGCAGAGAGACAAAUGAACUCAGCCUGAGAAGACCGAAAGACUGUCACUGGGAAAUGAAAGCCAUGGAUGUAAUAAAUGCAGUGCAGAUGUUCAUGCUGCUUUGGAGUUUCACCUUAGUCUGCCAAGCUGAUCCACAUGGCUGCGCUGUAAGUUGUGACAAUGUGACUGGAACUGUGGGAAAAGAAGUGAUUUUCACCUGCAGAGUCUCUGAACAGAUGGCUAAAUGCUGUGUUAAACUGUAUAAGUUUUUUUAUCCUGAGAUCUAUAAUGACUCUGACAUCUAUAGACAAAAGCCUCAUGAUAAGGUCUGUGAAAAGUGGAGCAUCUUCACAUGCAGAUACACUCCAGAUAAAGCAAUGAAGGAAACAUUCAGAUUCUUUGUGCAAGCUUGUAGUUGCGCAGACACAGCAGAAUUCACAGUGGAGAUAUCAGAGCCUGUUAAAACUGACGCUCCUGGCAAUAAAGAUCUUCUGUUCCAAGAUGGGAAUCCUAAAACUACUGUUGCUGCCAUCACUGCGGGUGUGAGCUGCUUUAUCAUCUUCAUCGUGCUGACCAUCGUUAUCAUUUACAAAAGCAGACAGUUGGAUGUCAGAGAGGGAUGUUUCAACUCAUCAGACAGAACGAUGACCACAAAAAAGGAGAAAAUUAUUAAGAAAGCAAUGUUUUAUCUACAAGGUGCUCCUGAAAGAGCAGCUUUAUCUGAACUCUAGUAAAUACACACAUCUCUGUUAGAUCUCUGAUACAUUCAACCCAGGCUCAUUUAGAUAAAGUACCUCGAUAUACAUUUCUGGAGACUAUCAAAUACGUGCCGUGAGCUAAGUUUUUUUUUUUUGCAGUUUUUGUUUUUCUCAAAUCCACAAGAGGCCGCUGUGUACACUUUUUGAGAUUUCUAUUUUCUCUGGCGAGUGCUAUUUGCAUCUGCUGUUCUCUUGUAAAUUCUGUUGACUGUUUGAAUGACUGACAGACUGACCGAUCGACUGACCCACCCUCCCCCUUCCCUAACCCCAACCAAUAGUGUUCUAAAAAGCACAGAUUGACCAGAAAAUGACACAGAGGACACAGCUGAACCUCACGCCUGCUCUCUAAUAUAAAAUCUGACAAGUGUCCUUCACAUAUAUUCGGAAUAAGCAUGUGUAAUUAAUAUGAAAUGUUCAUAUAUAUUUUGAGAUGUAUAAUGUAGGGAAAGUGGCCGCAUAGAGAGACACUGAAAGCGGCUGCAUAGAGAGACUCUGCAACCACUGCUGAAGAUUGUGGGUUUUUACAGUGGUUUGAUGGGUAAAUAUCAAUUUGUAGCUAAAUUGUUAGCAGUGCCAAACAGCAUUUCCCAUUGUUUACAUCCUUGCUACAACAUACCAUUAACGCUAGAUACUACUAUGCAUGUAAUAGAUCAAUUUUAACAAGUAAAAACACUUACAGGUUGUGGCUCACAAUCCACAGCUUCAUCUAUUAUGGUUGGAAUCUCUGGCCAGAAUCCUUUGCUGCUCGUGGUGAAUGUGCAUAACCUGAAGCGUUUGUGAUCUCACUAACCCAGAUAUACAUUUUUUGUAGUCCCCAAACUUUUGUAGUCUCCCUUUGUAUUGAACUUUAAACUUCUUACAUUCAGAGAUGUUGUUUAUGUUCACACGGCUACAUUACACAUCAACUAAAGUUUAAAAUAUGAUAUCGUAGUGGACCACCCCUUUAAAAAUAAUACACUCUGAGCAAAUUUACUAAACUUUCAUUUUGCUGGGGGCUGUUUUUGCCCAUUGACCUCCAUUAUAAUCACUAGGGCCACAUAAAAUCUGCGGACAUUUUUAGCUAUUUCUGUUCAGACUUUUUUUUUAAAUCUGCAUAUUUAUGCAAAAUUAUUUUGGGAGAAUCGUUACUAAAAACUUUAUAUGUGAAAUAAAAAAAUAAUGCCAUAUAUUUUAUUUAAUGUUUAAAUUGCAAAUCCAAUUAGAUCCAUUUUAUUUGAUAAACAAAGCAAGUCUCUCAUAUAAUAUCUCUACCAUAAGACAGUAAAUAUUACUUAAUACUUAAUAUUAUUAAAUAAAUCAUAUGAAUAUUUGCAUAUUAGUCAAUAUCAUUACUAAAAUCCAUUAAAAAACUGAAUAAAUCUAAAUUUACACACAUUUACACAAGUAAAUAAACAGAAUCAAUCAUGGCGCAAAAAUCUGCUGAAUUCUGCGUGCGCUGAUUGUGUGUGGGCCUAAUAUUUACAUAUUUUGAUUGUAAAGCCAUGACAGCAUAUAAUCAUGCAUUGUUGGUAGUUUUCCCUGUUGGGAAGAGGUCAAAGUUGUAAUUUUUACUGUUGAUCAUCAGCUGCAGUGCAAAACAAGUGUAGUUUCUGCCUUUUUUGUGGAGUCUUGUAUGGGUGUGAGAGACCAUUGCGCACUUAUCUUGUUAUGUCUGAGAAAAUCUAAAUAAGCAGCUCAGCUCUCAGAACAUAGUAAACAUACUGUAUUUAUGCACACACACUAUAAUCUGCUGUUUUACUCCACAGAAUAUAGUGAUAUAGGGAUGCAGACCUUGGUGCAGUGCAAUCUGUGCUGCAUGCAAUGAUUUUUAAUGGGCUCACCUAACCCUCACAGUGACGUCACUAGCUCCAUUGAGUGCAUUGUGUCUGAGAGAUGCAUUCUCAGCUUGCAUCAUAUAGACUGAAUCCAGAUACUAUUGAACCACUGAGUUUGAUUUUGCUCUUUUCUUGUUACUUUCAUAAAAUUUCUAUAAUGGAUGUGUAAGAUAUAUUUGUAUACAACAUACAUUAUUCUUCACCUGUCAUUUUAAACAGUGUGAACAUGGUUUUGUACAGUAUGUGUUAUUAUAAAACUAACAAUGAAUGAAUAAAGAUUUCUAACAAUU